AUGUAUAGAUUGGAAUCUAUUACGAGUAACUACUAUAAUGAAUAACUCUAGCUCUCUGUAAAAUUAGUAGAAAUUUAAAUUUAAAAAUUGCUGAGCCAAACGCAAAUAAGUCCUAAAUUUUAAAUCACUAACCUAAUUUAAUUAGCAUAAAAUGAUUUUCAAUAAUUUUCUUCAAGAUUAAACAAGAAAGACGAGCUAGAGGAAAUACAUGCUUGCAUUACAAAAAAUUUCAAGCAUAAGGAUUUUGAAACAAAGUAAAAUGAAGAUUUAUUAGAUAGAUUAAAGUUAAUAACAAACUUUGAUUAAUAUGAAUAUUUGUAAAAUGAUAUAUAAGAAAAUAAGAGUGCAAUAAGUAUGAGAUAUUCACCCUAGUAUAAAUAAUUAUAGAGUUAAUUAUCUAGUUUUUCUGAUAGCUUAAUUCCUUAUAUAAAAUAUGCUAAUGAUACUGCCCUAUUUGAUCAGCUUUUACCCUCUAAGAUGUUUUAUGAAAAUAAUUUCAGAGUAAUAAUGAAUAAAUACUUCUCUUCUGGAGAAUCGCUUGUGAAUUUAUAAUUUAGAUAGACUGAUGAAAGAUUCUUUAAAAAACCUCCCUUUUUAUAAGAAUUUUAAUUCAAAAAUCUACUGAGUUUAAGUGUCAAUGUAGACUCACUGGAUUUCAAAAAUUUGAUUAUUUUUGUUCAAAAUCAUCCAUAGCUUUAGAGUUUAGAUAUCCUUUUAAAUGUAGAUUAGUAAUUAAUUGCAACAAGUAAUCUGCGUUCGCUAUUCUCAAGCCAAAUUUUACCAAAUAUAUAAAAGUUGAAGAUUGACAUUGCAAGAUUGAAUUUCUCUAACUCAGUUCAAAUAAAUGAUAUAUAUGGCUUUUUCCAACCAAUCUAGCUCUUUUUAAAUUAAAAAAGAAACUCUAUUUAAAACUUUGAGAUUGAUGGGCUAAUAGAAUUUAACAACAGUAUUGAAGAGUUUUAAUCUCUUUUUUUCAAUUAGCAAAACCAAAUCAUGUCACACUUAAGGAAACUAACAUUCUUAGUAGCAGAUAUUGACUUCUAAUACAAUUAGUAAAAAAUCAUGCUUAAAGACUUGCACUAGAAUAUAUUCUCUUAAAUGCCUAUCCUCUAACAAAUUAAACUAUAUAAAUCAACUGAAUAUCUGGAUAUACAAAGAUUUUUUUAAAUGUUAAACUAGUAGUUAAAGAUUAAGACUUAUCUCAUAAAGCUAUUAAUGCUUAUAAAAAGUCGUCUUAAAUUUUUCCGCAAAGAAAUAAUAUACUCAAUUAUUGAAGAUUAUAUAAGAACGAUUUCAAACAUGAUCAAAAUAAAUACUUUUUGA